GCCAAGGUCGAUUAUGCGCGUCGCACUGCCCUUGCGCAGCCUUCUCUGCGACUCCUUAUAUUCUCCAACGUCUGUACGAAAGUAUCUUUGAAAAUCAAUGCCUCUCGAGGAUAACUACGCGUCACCAGCCUCUCGAGUUUACAUCUCAUACGACGUAGAUUCACCGCCAGAGCACCCAGGGCCAGAUUGGACUCGGUUCGUCUGUGUCUCGGAUACCCACUCAAGGAAGUAUAGAGUUCCUCCGGGAGAUGUGCUGUUACAUUCUGGCGACCUCUCGAGCUGGGGGUAUCUUCCACACCUAGAAUCUAGCUUGACAUGGAUUGAAAGCUUGCCUCACCCGGUGAAAGUUAUUAUAGCAGGCAAUCAUGAUCUAUGCCUUGAUGAACAGUGGGCCGAGGGAGGCCAUUGGGCGAACCAAGCUGGCGAAGGAAUACCACUCAAGGAGGCGGAAACUGCUAGAGCCAAGGUACGCAGUGAAGCUACCCGUGCGGUGGGUAUUCACUACCUAGAAUACCAAUCGACGAGCAUUACAACUAAGACCGGUCGAACCUGGGAGAUUUAUGGCUCUCCAGCUACACCAAGAUAUGCACUCGGUGCGUUCCAGUACGAGAGUGGGACACUGGAAGGUGAAGAGAUCUACUCCCGGAUACCUAUCACGACCGAAAUCCUCCUGACACAUACACCACCAUUUGGUAUAUGCGACGUCACGAGAAGGGAGAAGAAUGCCGGAUGCCCCGCAUUAGCUGCCAAGCUGGCGAGUGGUGACCUUAGUCACCUCAAGCUACAUGUAUAUGGCCACAUACACGAAGGACACGGGGUUGAGGUACAACCAGCGAUUGUUACCGACCUUCAGCGCAUACACGUAAAUGCCGCCGUCCCGGAUAACUUGCAAGCUACGAUAGUAGACUUGCUCAACUAGGCAAACGCAGCUCAUCUCACUUCAUCUUAAUCCCCAAAUAUCAUGACGUCGCUUUUGGCACAAUGAUGUCGUGCAUAUUCAGGUUUAAUACUCAUUUAUAGAUGCCUUCUCAAAGUUUUGCUGCGCGAAUAGGGGACUUAGAAUCGGGGUUUAAAUCCGAAUAUUGACGCAAUCGAAAUCAACAAGAACAUUUUUUCGCCCUCGCGUGGUGCAUUCCUCUGUCGCCUCAAGCCCACCGAGCGUGUCGCCGAAGGCUGAGCGUGGAUUUGCCUAGGAUAUCCGGACCGAA